AUGGCAACCAAAAAGCCCAACAUUCUCUAUAUCAUGGCCGACCAAAUGGCCGCGCCCUUGUUGUCUCUCCACGAUAAGGACUCGCCCAUCAAAACCCCAAACCUGGACCGCCUGGCCGCCGAGGGCGUGGUGUUUGACUCCGCCUACUGCAACUCGCCGCUGUGUGCGCCCUCGCGCUUUGUCAUGGUGAGCGGCCAGCUGCCGUCCAAGAUCGGCGCUUACGAUAACGCGGCGGAUCUGCCUGCCGAUACACCCACUUAUGCCCAUUACUUGCGUCGUGAGGGCUACCACACGGCUCUAGCCGGAAAAAUGCAUUUCUGCGGCCCCGAUCAGCUGCACGGCUAUGAGGAGCGCUUGACCAGCGAUAUCUAUCCCGGUGAUUACGGCUGGUCCGUGAAUUGGGAUGAGCCGGAUAUCCGUCUGGACUACUAUCAUAACAUGUCCUCGGUCAUGGAAGCAGGCCCCGUUGUCCGCACCAACCAGUUGGACUUCGAUGAAGAAGUCAUCUACAAAUCCAAGCAGUAUCUGUACGACCACGUGCGCCUGCGCACCGACCAGCCGUUUUGUCUGACCGUCUCCAUGACACAUCCCCACGACCCCUACGCCAUGACCAAGGAGUUCUGGGAUCUGUAUGAGGACGUCGACAUUCCACUGCCCAAGAACGGUGCCAUCCCGCACGACCAGCAGGACCCUCAUUCUCAACGUGUGCUGAAGUGCAUCGAUCUCUGGGGCAAGGAGAUGCCGGAUGAUCGCAUUCGCGCUGCUCGCCGGGCAUAUUAUGCCGCCUGUACAUACGUCGACACCAACAUCGGAAAGCUCCUCAAGGUCCUCAAAGACACCGGUCUCGAUGAGGAAACGAUCAUCGUUUUCACGGGUGACCACGGUGAUAUGCUCGGUGAGCGUGGUCUCUGGUAUAAGAUGACCUGGUUCGAGAACUCGGCUCGUGUCCCGAUGGUCUUCCACGCCCCCAAGAAGUUCGCUGCAAAGCGUGUGUCGGAAAACGUCUCCACGAUGGAUCUAUUGCCCACUUUUGCCGGGCUUGUUGGAGCCCCGCUCGUGGACGGCUUGCCGCUGGAUGGCGUUUCCCUUGUCCCAUAUCUGACCGGUGAGGAUGGGCCUCGCACUGACACUGUGUACGGCGAGUAUAUGGGCGAAGGUACCCAGGCCCCGCUGGUGAUGAUCCGUCGUGGCCGCUGGAAGUUCGUGUACUCGACUAUUGACCCGCCAAUGCUGUUCGACGUCGUGUCUGACCCCGAGGAGAAGACCAAUCUGGUCGCCGGGCUGCCCGUCCCCGUUGUCAGCAAGCAGGUCCCAGCUGUCAAGCCGCCUAACCCGCUCGCCGUGCCAGCGUACCUGCCGACGCCGAACGAGACCCCUCGCGUCUCGCCCACGCCCCAGCGUGUCACCGACGCCUCGGCAGCCUCGUACCCAUUCCCAUCGCCCACGCCCCCGCGCACCCCAAGUCCGGCGAAGUUCUCUUCACUGCCAGUCACCACGGACCCGCACAAGUUGCUGGCCUACUUUAUCGAGGAGGUGCAUAACCGAUGGGACCUGGAGACAAUCCGACAAGACGUGGUCCGUUCCCAACGCCGUCGCCGUCUGGUUUAUUCAGCCCUGAUCAAGGGCAAGGUCGCCUACUGGGACUGGGAGCAUCGCGUGGACCCCAGCACCCAGUAUGUACGCAACCAGGGCAAGGGCGUGCUUGACGAUGUCGAGAUUUUGUCGCGCUGGCCACGGGUGCUGCAGCAAGCUGCUGCUGCUAAUGGCAUCCAGACUUGA